AUGGCUAACAUCAAAGCCCUCCCAAUGGAGCUUCACAUCCAAAUACUCUCUUUUAUCAUAUCAUUCUACGAUCGCACCAAUGUUGCUCAAGUCUGUAAACAUUGGAACAAAAUAAUAUCCGAAACCUCUACCAAAUCCAAAUUCAAAUACAAUUACGGACCCGUCACAGGGAGCAAAUAUCCAACUCCAGUACACAAUCUACUACAAUUAUACUCAGAAGACUAUGUUGACAACGGAGGAAAGGGGGCCACAAGUCUUCGAGGAAUAUUUUUUGGUUGCACAGUCGAGAACGGUGCUACGAAGGAAUAUUUCAUACAUGAUGGCUUUAAUAUAGAAGAAGGUGUCAAGGGCCAGGCUAAAACUACAAGACUUAAUAUCUCUUCAUUCGAUAUUCUGAACGAUCUUGUUUGUAAACAAACCGACGACGACGACGCACACGGAGAGAGCAUAGGCUUUGGUGCAUCCCAAGUAUACAAAAGCAUAAUCGAUGAAUACUACGAAUACGAUUCCGACGAACGACUAAAUUCAAAACCAGACUCCAAAGUCGUGAAGCUUGCUUUCGAUAUUUCCUGUACAUUUGGGAAUCAACCGGACGAAUACUAUACCCGAAAGCUCAAGAAAAGGGUCAAGGAUAAAAUUUAUGUGUACGAGACUACCACCAUUCGAGAACUCGUUGAGAGGAGCCGAAGAAGAGUGAAGGACGCCCUAAAACGCGCCAAGUUGCAAAUUUCAGAACCAUACGAACUGCGUUUUGAAGUACGGAGUUAUAACUAUGGUGGUGAAGAUGAUUGUUUCUUGAAGUUGUCUGUGAAUAUUUAUCACGAAGAUGGGGAUUAUAUUAAAGGAAACCCUUUUAGGGUAAUGCGUGCCACUCGGAACAGACUCUCAAGAAGCGAGUUCCAUAUGCCAGAUUACAUACUGUAA